GUGAUUUGUGACGUAGCAUCCGUGUUUUUUUCGUGUGCCAGCUUCUAGAGUCUCAAACGUCCCACUGCCCAUGAACGCAGCGCAGCUCCGUCGCCCCUCGGUAGUCAACUCAACUUUCUUUCUGUUGCGACACCGGCGGAUCAAUGCGUGGCCGAUAACGACAAGAGGGGCAAAUCAAACUACACACACGAUCCCUUGACUCUCAGGAGGAGCAGCCAUGAACGCGUCCGUCCUUCGCAGUGCUUGUGGUGGUCUUAGGACCCACUCAUUGCGACCGGGAGGCAGAGUCGGCGGCUGGCCGCGGAGAUGCCCACCGCCCGGUCAACGGUUCGCCAACGGCCGCUGCGUCGCGCGGACGUGGAGCUCCGCUGGCGGCGGCGGGGCCGACUCUCUGCCAGCCGCUAACUUCAGGAAACAGCCGCACGCGCGACACAAAUGGGACCACGACCGCUCCGCGAGGGAAGUAGUUCAGAGCACAAAAGAGAAGGUGGCAGCUUUGCAGAGGAAAAACCCAACAGUCCAACCUUUGUUAGCAAUUGUACAGGCAGGUGAAGAUGACGAGCUUUUGGAGGCCAGUAAGGAAAUCACAGGAAAGAUUGAGUUGAACGUCACUCAGAUUUGCCUUUCUGAAGAAUGCACCGAGGAUGAAAUCGUAGAGGAGGUGCUGAGACUAAAUGAGGACUGCCGCGUGCAUGGUAUCUACCUCCACCUUCCCCCCGCUUUCCUCACCAGCAGAGUGCUCAACGCACUCAAGCCCGAGAAGGACGUAGAAGGGGUCACAGACGUGAACGUGGGCUCUUUGGUGCGUGGAGACUCAAGCAAAGGCUUCGUUCCACCCACAGCCAGUGCCAUUCUGGAUCUGCUGGAGAAGCAUGAUGCACAUUUUGAAGGAAAGACGGUGUUGGUGGUUGGUGAAGGCCCCCUGGGGUUGGUCCUGCUGGCCCUGAUGGAGAGAAAUGGAAUGGUGGCCCUGAAAAGCACCUGGAGCUCCAGAAGCCACCUACAGAGACAGAUGAUGCAGGCUGAUGUUGUAGUGCUGACAGGGGCAGAGGGUAUUAGUGUCCCACGCUCUUGGUUUAGACCAGGAGCUGCCGUCAUCCGCUGUGCACCCACCAUUGUGACAGAUGACAGACAUUCUCUGGACAUGACCUCCACCUCCGACAUGGGGCACCUCAUAGCGGCAUACAGAGCACGGAAUAUAGUGCACAGUUAUAGUCGGUGGCUCCAGGAGCAGCAGUACCAACCCUGGCGUCUACGCAACCUCAAACUGCAGCCCCUGACUCCUGUACCAAGUGACAUUGAGAUUUCGAGAGCUCAGGCACCCAAGCCAGUGGUUCAGCUGGCUGAGGAGAUCGGCUUGCUGUCUGAGGAGCUUGAACCCUAUGGACGUAGCAAAGGCAAAGUCAAAUUGUCUUUGUUAGAGCGCCUCCACACACAGCCCAAUGGGAAAUACGUGCUGGUUGCUGGCAUAACACCCACCCCGCUGGGUGAAGGCAAGAGUACAGUGACCAUUGGCCUCGUCCAAGCCCUGUCUGCCCACCUCAAGCUCAAUUCCUUUGGUUGUCUCAGGCAACCGUCCCAGGGGCCCACCUUUGGGGUUAAAGGGGGAGCUGCAGGAGGGGGAUAUGCCCAGGUCAUCCCCAUGGAGGAGUUCAACCUUCACCUGACUGGUGACAUUCACGCUAUCACAGCAGCCAAUAACCUUGUGGCAGCAGCCAUUGAUGCCAGGAUGCUUCAUGAGGCAACACAGUCAGACAAGGCGCUGUUCAAUAGAUUGGUUCCUACAUUGAAUGGAGUCAGAAGAUUUUCACCCAUCCAGAUCUCCAGGCUGCGACGUCUUGGAAUUGAUAAAACAGACCCUGCAGCUCUUACACCACAAGAAGUCAGCAGCUUUGUCCGCCUUGACCUUGAUCCUUCCAAGAUCACCUGGCAGAGAGUUGUGGAUACCAACGACCGCUUCCUGAGGAAGAUCACGGUUGGACAGGCGAGCACUGAGAAAGGACAGAUCAGAGAGACUGGGUUUGACAUCGCAGUAGCCAGCGAGAUCAUGGCCAUCCUCGCCUUGACGGACAGUCUGGCAGACAUGAGGAACCGACUGGCGCGUAUGGUGGUGGGGACGAGUCGCUCUGGACGGCCUGUCACCGCAGAGGACCUGGGUGUGAGUGGAGCACUGGCUGUGUUAAUGAAAGAUGCCAUCAAACCCACACUGAUGCAGACUCUAGAGGGUACACCAGUGUUUGUCCAUGCCGGGCCCUUCGCCAACAUCGCCCAUGGCAACUCCUCUGUGCUGGCAGACAAGCUGGCUUUGAAGUUGGUUGGACGGGACGGCUUUGUGGUAACGGAAGCUGGUUUUGGUGCGGACAUUGGGAUGGAGAAGUUCUUCAAUAUCAAAUGUCGAGCCUCGGGCCUGAGGCCCAGUGUGGUGGUGCUGGUUGCAACUGUCCGAGCACUAAAAAUGCACGGCGGCGGUCCAAAUGUGUCGGCAGGUGCUCCUCUUCCCAAAGAGUACAUUGAUGAGAAUCUGAGCCUAGUUACAGGUGGUUGCUAUAGCAACCUCAGGAAGCAGAUCCAGAUCGCACAUCUGUUUGGGGUGCCAGUUGUGGUGGCGCUCAACGUCUUCAAGACGGACACCGAGGCGGAGGUGGACCUCGUGUGUCGGCUGGCGAAGGAGUGCGGCGCGUCAGAUGCCGUGCCGUGUCACCACUGGGCGAAGGGCGGGCAGGGCUGCGUCGCUCUGGCCAAGGCUGUGGACCGGGCUGCACGCGCUCCCAGCAACUUCCAGUUCCUCUACGACGCGGAGAUGCCCAUCGUGGAGAAGAUCCGAACGAUUGCCCAGAAAGUGUACGGGGCUGAGGACAUCGAGCUGUCCUCAGAGGCCAAGGCCAAGACCGACUACUACACUCAACAGGGCUAUGGCUCUCUGCCCAUCUGCAUGGCUAAGACCCACCUGUCGCUGUCCCACAUGCCGGACAAGAAGGGCGCUCCCACCGGCUUUGUUCUGCCCAUCAGAGACGUCCGUGCCAGCGUGGGGGCCGGCUUCAUCUACCCCCUUGUGGGAACGAUGAGCACCAUGCCCGGCCUCCCAACACGACCCUGCUUCUACGACAUCGACCUGGACCCCGUCACUGAGGAGAUCACGGGGCUCUUCUGAGCGCGCUCGGUUAAAGAGAUCCAUACAGGUGUUAACGAUCUAUAUAAACUAUUCAUUCCAGUCCUUUUUGGAGCUGGCAUUGUGUCAUUAUAAAUAUUUUAACACGUUUUUACUACUAUAAUAACUCGUUUCAUGACACUUUAUUUCCUCCCUAGAGUUUUGAGUCUACUACCUCAUUCACUCGCUGCCAAGGUCGGACUCUGACUUGUGUACACAGUUGAGCGCGUCGUCUUGUUUUCCCCUCGGCCACUUAGCUCUGUUUGCUUUAGUUCCACAUGUGCGUCGCAAGGCACAUAAAUCCGCUGUAACUCGGGCAGGAAGUGCUCGUAGAAUCUUCCCAGCAGCUCCGGCCGAACGUGUUCUGAGAGAGAAAGGAAACGGGUCGUGGAGCAUUGGCUUCAGGCUGAACGUGCACAUGUGCCUUCCUCCAGCUUUAUCAUGUGUAACACACACACACACGUGUGUGUGUGUGUUUAUGCCUUUACAUUUUAAAACCAGCUUUUCUUGGAAUGUUCUCAUUAUUUUCUACUCGUGUCUUAUAAUAAUGCUGCAGUUUUUAUGUUUCUGACCUUUUUACUGUGUUUCUGUAUUUAUUAUCUAGACAGCUGUUUACGCACACAGAGCCACUAUGGUGUUUCUGUGGACUGUUAUGGUCUCGCUGCUCAGUGUUCACACUGCUGGAACAAGCCACAUGUCAAGUAUUUCCUGUUGGAUGUGUGAACAUCCAGACUUAAUGUUUUCAGCUUUUCCAGUAUGUUUGUUUUUAUGUUUUUUUUAAUGAUAGUUUACCCGUUCUCACGUUAUCGGUGAAGGUGAUAUGAUUUAAAGCAGGCCGAAUGUAACACACACACUGACAGACAUGUCUAACCAGAGCUCUGUGUUUUGGCUUCUCAUUUAUCCCAUGAAAUAAAGUUCUGCUUUACUGUAAA